CCUACGCUGUUUUAUGCUUACAUUGUUUAUCUACAGUGUACGACACCAUAGCACUCAGAUUAGAGCAAGCAUGUGGAACCCAACAGUAUGGCUGAUACUAGCUACGGCUCUAAUCAGUGUACCCGUGCCGGCAAUAUCAGCUUCAGCACGAUCACAUGUCAGACGACCAGUGUCGCCAUCAACGACCACAUUACCAACGACACAGUAUCCAUGUGGCUGCGACAGGAACGCCGUCUGCAUUCAGGACGUUUGUCGAUGUAAAUCGGGAUUCGUUGGAAAUGGCUAUUUUUGCGAGGUGAAUGUAUGCUUGACUGGAGAUAACAUGUGCGAUAAGAAUGCCGAUUGUUAUAAAUCAAUUGGUUCUUAUAAAUGCGUGUGCAAGACUGGCUUCGAGGGAGACGGAUUCAAGUGUAGGCUUUCUGCUUUGCCUCCAAAUCCUCCAAAUCCAUUUCCCAACAUACAACGCUCCUCUGAUGUCUCAAUGCGGGGAACAAGCUACCGAUCGAUUCAACACGAAUUAAUUCCCUUGCUCCGUCCAAAACCGCCACCGAUCUCGACAUUCCCAACAUUACCAACGUCUUAUAGUCCAUCAUGGUUCACGGAUGGAUCACCAUCCUCGACCACAACAAAAAGACCAACCUCGACCACAACAAAAAGAGCACCCACAACCACGCCCUAACCAGUAUAGUAGCAGUGUACAGUAGAGGGUUGUGGCCAUGGGUGAUAUUUUUGUUAAAUGGCUAACCCCUGUAUAAUGAUAUGU